AUGGCUGAGGCAGCCCCACCUGCGGACGGCAAUUUGGUAGUGGUGGUUCGAGCUCCAAAUCAGGAAACACAAGAUUUCGAAGUCACGUGUCCAGAGACGUGGAACGUCCUAAGACUCAAGGAACAUCUCCAAGAAAAAUACCAAGGCAACCCGGCUCCUGCUGAUCAGAAACUAAUCUACUCCGGCCAGCUCCUCGAGGAUGAAGCUGUAUUGCGGGAGGUACUCCGGCACGAGGGUGUUUCACCUUCGAGGCACACUGUCCACUUGGUGUGUCGAUCUCCGAAAAACGCACCGGAGACCAGACGAGCUCCAAACGUCGGGGCAUCGCCCAACGGUAAUCGCAGCUCGCCUCAAACAAAUCAAAAUGAAACAUUCUCCACCGAGUUCUCAAGCUACCAAUCGACGUCGGUUGAGCAGCCAAACGGGAUUCGCUACCGGUUUCCUCGGAUCCAGUGUGACUUCGUCUCAAAUUCGGUGUCUUACUCCGCGCACAUCCUCGCGAUGCAGCAUAUGUACGCGCAGUACUAUCAGCACCUCCUUCUUCAUCAUCAAGCGGCUCUGAGUGGGAGAAGCACGCCGUCCGCGGCGAGCUAUGUGUUCAAUCCUCGUCGAUUCACCACAGCGGCGAUGGGACCCGAGCAGCUGCAAUACUGGCAAAACGCCUACAUUCCUCUCCUGAAUCAACAAAAUUUCACUCUGCCCGAAGCAAACAAUGACAACAACAACAAUAACCACAAUUUCAACGCCAACAACAACCUCAACAACAACAAUAACGCUAACAACAAUAACAACAAUAAUAUGGACGAGGACGAAAACAUCCGCGAAUGGGACGAUUACAUCUACUUGGCGGCACGAAUCAUUUUUUUGGGGAUGCUGGUAUACUUCUACUCCUCGGUGGAGAAGCUCAUCCUGGUAUCAGGUCUCGGACUGCUCUUCUUCUUCUACCAGCAAAUCCGAGCAGGAUUGCAGGACCAAGCGAACGCCGUGGCGGCCAACGCCGGCAAUGCGGCUGCGGCAGCGGCAAACAACCCUCCGAUGGGAGGUGAUCCUGCGGUGAACCAACCAGCCGCCGCACGGGAUCGAGAAGAUAUCGAUAGACUCCAAGCAGCGAUGGACGGAGAAAACGCCCCACCGCCAGCGGCUGGUGCAACGACCGGGGCCACAGGCGCAGUCGCUGUUGCACAACAAAGUCCGGUUGCCGCUGCCGCGAACUUACUCAGAGCCUUCUUUGUUAGUUUGAUCCCUUGAGAGAGAGGAUUGAGUUGCGAGCUCGGGGCCGAGAUU